CUUUAUUAUUUAUAAAGAUGACUUUUUGUUUGCGUGAGAAUCUUCCCCGCGGAGUGAUAUGUGAUGCGGUCCGAGCAUUUCUGGGCGUGGUUUGACUCUCCUGUGAACGGAACGUUCUUUAGUAGGAAACAAGAAAUGUUUCUAAAUAUUAUUUAACACGGGCAUAUUCUCACGGUAAACUUAAAGCUUUCGCCGAUUUAUUUUCUUCACAGCAACUUGAUUCUGAAGUUUGCAGAACUGAAGAAGCUGAUUGAACGAGCAGCGAUCUAAUGUCGUCCAGUCGUGUUGAAGAACAUCCUGGUAGCACGAGUCAGAGGACCAAGAAUCAUCUAAAAACCAUUUUAAACGUUGUUUUUUGGGAGUGACGUGACCGAUUCGCGUGUCUGUUUCUGUCCACGGAUCAUGUUUCUGACUUUAUUCACUGUUUUUUAUGUUCUCUUUGGUUCUUCCUGUGGAUUACGGGAAAAGGAAAUGUGCAUAGGGGGCAGUGUAGAAAUAGAUAUGUAUACAUAUAUUUCUUAUGCAGGACCACUGUAUUUCUAUCCAAGAGAAGGAGGAGUAAUGAAAACACUGAUGAAUAAUCGACAACCUAUGGAUGAACGGCUCAUAAUUAACACUAAAUCAGUCAAAUUGACAAAGUUGACGGAAAAAGACAAUGGAAAAUUUGCCAUUGUAAAAAUUGAUGGAGUAGUUUCCGACAUACUCUCACUGACUGUUAAUGAUUGUCCUGAAAAAAUACUGUUGUUUACCGGGCAGGAGUUGGUGCGCAAUGUUCCUAGCAAUGCUUAUUACCUGCAUGUCACCUACUCUCAAAGCCCAGACCAUUCUCAGCUUCUGUGGGAUCAUAGAAACGGCGAUUAUGGAAGGCGGGGGAGAGUGAGCGGAAACGUCUUAAGGAUUUCUGAAGUCACCCAUAAAGACAAUGGCGAAUACAACUUUAGGGACGAAAAGACAUCGAUGGUGUUACAGAUACAACUCGAUGUUAGAGAAUCUCAUCCUAUAAUAACAUAUAUAAUUGUGGCUGUCGUGGCUGUCCUUUUGGUUCCCAUCUGCUACUGUUGCUGUUGUAAAAAGUGCUGCUGUAAGAAUAAAAAGCCUCCUUCUGAGGUCGCUCAGACUGCAGCAGAACCUAAAGUGUUUUAUCAUGACUCAACUCAGCUUGAAGGUUCAGGAUUUUCUGCUGCACCUUCUCCUGCAGCCUUCCCUCCUCCAACAGGAAGUGCAGCUUUCCCUCCUCCAGCAGGAAGUGCAGCUUUCCCUCCUCCAGCAGGAAGUGCAGCUUUCCCUCCUCCAGCAGGAAGUGCAGCUUUCCCUCCUUCAGCAGGGAAUGUACAUUUCCCUCCUCCAGCAGGAAGUGCAGCCUUCCGUCCUCCAGCAGGAAUCCCAGCCUUCCCUCCUCCAGAGGGGAAUGCUGGGAUUCCUUAUGAUGCUGCAGCUUCUUCCACUGGACCUGUGCCAUACCAACCAACAUAUGAGAUUAAGAAUAUCUUCCAACCUAAGGUCGCACCUGGAGCUUCAGAGAAAUCUGCAUCUUUUAAUUACAACCCUCUGUCUUCAGACUAUCAGCCAAUGUUUGAGGUGAAAGGAAAAAGCUACAACUUUGAUCUUCCUCUUAGUACAGAAAACUCUUCUGCAGAGGUUUAUAAAUCAGAUAAAAUGAACUUUCUGUAAAAAGGAGUCAUAGAGUUGUGAAGGGUGAGUUUGACUAUAGACUGCUGAGGUUGCUCUUAAAGCAGACAAUACAAAUGGUUACAUUUGCACUGUGACAAAACAAACAACGAUAUGUAAAGUUGCAGUAAAAAGAUUAUCAUCAGUGCACUUAUAUAUAUAUAUAUAUAUAUAUAUAUGCAGUAUCUCACAAAAGUGAGUACACUCCUUUCAUUUCUGCAGAUAUUUAUAUCUUGAAAACACUGCCGAAAUGAAUUUUUUACACAAUUAAAAGUAGUCCUUGUCCAUCCUGUACAGCAGUGUAAAAGUUAAUUUUUCUUCAAAAUAAAUCAUAAUAGAGGCAUAAUAGCCAAACCCCUGACAACAAAAGCGAGGGAUGUACUGACUUUUGUGAGAUACUGUAAAUAUGAGUUAUACCAGUAAAAAAAAUGUUACCACUAUAGUGUCAGUGUUGCUGCAAAUGCAAUCUACGACAAUUAGCUUUUGAUGGGGAAAAAUAUAGGUUAUGUUUGAAUUUUCACCCUAAUCAAUUACGACUAAAAAACUAUAUAGUGCGGAACUAUAUAGUUCCCUAAAUUUGAAUCCUUUAACAUCGGAGCUCCAGUGUUCAUGUUGUUUGAUUUACUCUAAUUUUUCAAGAUCAACAUAAUUUGAGCAAAUUCUUCAAUGGUUGAAAAGUUGCAGUAUGUAAAGAUUUUGCUUUUUAGCGUCAGCAGCGACUUCUCAGGUGUUAAAGAGUUAAAAGCAAUUUGCGCACAGUGCUCACUACUUUACUUUCGUUUUGCUAAACUCAGGAUAUGACAUCACCGAUCAAAUCAAUAUAAACAUAUGAUGCCUUUUUGUGACUCCGCUGUGUUCUGAUAAUGAAAAUAUGGAUGGUUUGUUAAAAUGUUUUUAUUUAAACAUGCUUUUUUCACAAAAGUUGUUCUGCAAAGGAUUGUGGUCUGUAUUCGCUAAUGUUGUAUCAAUGCACGCUAGUUUUUCACAAAGAUUUCUGGGAAAUUUCUAGUGCACUCGAUUUUGGAAAUUCGGGCUGUACUAGAAAAUGAUGAACGCACUAUAUAGUGCACUAUAUAGUGAGUAGGGGAGGAAUUCAGACAUGUCCUUAAUGUUUCUGCUGCUAUUUAGCGUGCUCAAAGUAAACUUUCUUGUCUGUAAAUGUUUUUUUUUCUGUUAAAGAAGCCAAAGUGUAACCAAACACCAAACUUUAAUCACUUCUUUGCACUGACUGACCUAAGACUGUUACAAACAUCAUCUCAUGUUAAGAUGCAACUGUUUCUUUGUAUAUCAUGACUGUCAAUAUAUAUGCAGACCAAUGCAUCCUCGAAUCUGUUCCACCUCAACAAAGUUCAUCUAUAUUCACAGGCACAUUUUUCUAUCUUUAAGUGCAUUCAUACAUUUAUGACAGUGAACUUCUUUGAACCUUUCAGCUACAAUUUCAAUUGCUUAAUUCCACGUAAUUUAUAAGACAUCUCUUCACACAAUCAAGAGUCAAUGGACUUCAAUUUACUGGAACUAUGAAAGUGUUUUAUUUUUAUUUGUAUUUCCUGUCUUGUUUCGGAUUUCUCAUCAUCUGCAGGGGCUCUCUUUUUAAUGUUCUGAUCUGAUUGGCUGCGGGAAAGUUUGUCUAUAUAAGGAAGUCUUGAAAAUGGUCUCAACAGGCCUUUCCUGGUUCUUAUGUGAGCAAAUAAAUGAAUUUGCUAAGCUACAGAA